AUGGGAAUUCUCGAGAAAAUUACGGAAAUUGAAAAAGAAAUAUCCCGAACACAAAAGAAUAAAGCCACCGAAUAUCACCUGGGACUGCUAAAAGCGAAAUUAGCAAAAUACCGUGUACAGCUUCUAGAGCCUUCGAAGUCUGGUGGAGCAAAGGGUGAUGGAUUUGAUGUUAUGAAAUCUGGGGAUGCCCGAGUUGCAUUAAUCGGGUUUCCUUCAGUUGGUAAAUCCACCUUAUUGAACAAGCUUACAAAAACCCAUUCUGAAGCUGGCGCGUACGAAUUCACUACUUUAACGUGUAUACCUGGAAAGAUCGAGUAUAAUGGCGCAAAUAUUCAAUUAUUGGAUUUGCCCGGUAUCAUUGAGGGAGCGGCUCAAGGUAAAGGGCGAGGAAGGCAAGUGAUCGCUGUAGCAAGAACUGCUGACUUGAUUCUGAUGAUGUUGGAUGCUACUAAAAGCGAUCAACAGCGGCCACUGCUGGAACGUGAACUGGAAGCUGUUGGGAUCAGGCUGAAUACCGAAAAACCAAAUGUCUACUUCAAAGUGAAAAAGGGCGGCGGGAUCAGCUUUAAUUCCACCGUCAAGUUGACUUAUCUGAACGAAAAAAUGGUUUAUCAUAUUCUACACGACUACAAGAUUUUCAAUGCUGAAGUAUUAGUACGACAGGAUAUUACCGUCGACGAAUUUAUUGAUGUAGUAUUAGGAAAUCGUAAAUAUAUAAAAUGUUGUUACAACAAGAUCGACUCAAUCGUCAUGGAAGAAUUGGAUCGUUUGGCACAUGAACCCAAUACCAUUGUUAUCAGUUGUGAAUUGGACCUAAAUUUGGACUACCUAGUUGAACAAAUAUGGAAACACCUUAACCUGCUAAGGGUUUAUACCAAGAAGAGAGGAGAAUUUCCAGAUUUUGACGGUGGUCUCAUUGUCAGAAAAAAUUCCACCGUAGAGCAUGUGUGUCAUGCGAUUCAUCGAUCCCUGUCUGAGGAAUUCCGGUAUGCUCUUGUUUGGGGUGUUUCCACCAAACACAAUCCUCAAAGAGUUGGGUUAUCCCAUGUUAUAGAAGACGAAGAUGUUAUUCAAGGUAUCUGUCUUCAAAAUCGUAAAGAAGAAGUGAACAUAAUCUCCGACCCAACCGUUUUGUUACUCAUAUGA